AUGUCUCCCAUUCACAAUUUACCAUUUAUUUCCUCAGCAGCAUCUACCACAACUUCGUCGCCAACCACUACAUCUCAACCGUCAACCACGACAACUCAAUCACCAACCACCACCUCUCAAUCACCAACCACAACAACUCCAUCACCAACCACUACCUCUCAAUCACCAACCACAACAACUCCAUCACCAACCACUACAUCUCAAUUACCAACCACGACAACUCAAUCACCAACCACUACCUCUCAAUCACCAACUACAACUCCAUCACCAACCACUACCUCUCAAUCACCAACCACAACAACUCCAUCACCAACCACUACAUCUCAAUUACCAACCACGACAACUCAAUCACCAACCACUACCUCUCAAUCACCAACUACAACUCCAUCACAAACCACUACCUCUCAAUCACCAACCACAACAACUCCAUCACCAACCACUACAUCUCAAUCACCAACCACAACAACUCCAUCAUCAACCACUACAUCUCAAUCACCAACCACGACAACUCAAUCACCAACCACUACCUCUCAAUCACCAACCACAACAACUCCAUCACCAACCACUACCUCUCAAUCACCAACCACAACAACUCCAUCACCAACCACUACAUCUCAAUCACCAACCACGACAACUCAAUCACCAACCACUACAACUCAAUCACCAACUACAACAACUCCAUCACCAACCACUACCUCUCAAUCACCAACCACAACAACUCCAUCACCAACCACUACAUCUCAAUUACCAACCACGACAACUCAAUCACCAACCACUACCUCUCAAUCACCAACCACAACAACUCCAUCACCAACCACUACAUCUCAAUUACCAACCACGACAACUCAAUCACCAACUACAACAACUCCAUCACCAACCACUACAUCUCAAUUACCAACCACGACAACUCAAUCACCAACCACUACAUCUGGAACUACAACAACUCCAUCACCAACCACUACAUCUCAAUCACCAACUACAACAACUCCAUCACCAACCACUACCUCUCAAUCACCAACCACAACAACUCCAUCACCAACCACUACCUCUCAAUCACCAACCACAACAACUCCAUCACCAACCACUACCUCUCAAUCACCAACCACAACAACUCCAUCACCAACCACUACCUCUCAAUCACCAACCACAACAACUCCAUCACCAACCACUACCUCUCAAUCACCAACCACAACAACUCCAUCACCAACCACUACCUCUCAGUCACCAACCACAACAACUCCAUCACCAACCACUACCUCUCAAUCACCAACCACUACAUCUCAAUCACCAACCACAACAACUCAAUCACCAACCACGACAACUCAACCACCAACCACAACUCAGUCACCAACCACUACAUCUCAAUCACAAACCACAACAACUCAAUCACCAACCACGACAACUCAAUCACCAACCACUACAUCUCAAUCACCAACCACAACAACUCAACCACCAACCACAACUCAGUCACCAACCACUACAUCUCUAUCACAAACCACAACAACUCAAUCACCAACCACGACAACUCAAUCACCAACCACUACAUCUCAAUCACCAACCACAACUCAGUCACCAACCACUACAUCUCAAUCACCAACCACAACUCAAUCACCAACCACUACAUCUCUAUCACCAACCACAACUCAGUCACCAACCACUACAUCUCAAUCACCAACCACAACUCAGUCACCAACUACUACAUCUCAAUUGCCAACCACAACAACUCAAUCAAUAACUACUACAACUCCAUCACCAACCACAACAACUCAAUCAGCAACUACAACAACUCCAUCUCCAACCACGACAACCCCUGCACCAACCACAACAAUUUCAUCACCAACCACAACGACCACUGCAGUGAUAACAACAACUCCAUCACCAACCACAACCCCUGCAGCAACCUCAACAUCUCCAUCUCCAACCGUAACCCCUGUAGCAACCACAACAUCUCCAUCACCAACCACAACAACCCCUGCAGCAACGACAACAGCUCCAUCUACUACCAUAACUCAAUCACCAACCACAACAACCCCAACAACAACUCCAUCACCAACCACAACAACCUCUAUAGUAGCGACAACAACCCCUGCAGCAACCACAACAACUCAGUCACCAACCACUACAUCUCCAUCACCAACCACUACAACUCCAUCACCAACCACUACAACUAUAUCACCUACCACUACAACUCCAUCACUAACUACAACAACUCUUUCACCAACCACAGCCACUACCAAAGCUCAAUCUACAUCCUCAACUCAAACCACAACAGCUCUCUCUCUGACACCAACCACAACAGCAGCAUCUUCUACUACAACUCAAGCACCAACCACAACUCAAGAACCAACUACGACUCAAGCACCAACUACACCACCAGCUCCUACCACCACAGUACCAACUCCUACAACUACCACCACUCAGCUGUCAGCUACUAAUAGGCUGCUUGCGAUACUGAGGAGAGCACGUGACUACUUACGGAGCCUAGCCGCAAGACUCAGAGGCCAGUCAGGGAAGAGGCGAAGAAGGAGUGCCCUGACCUAUGGUGUCGAUACAUCAGUCUCAGGAAAUCUGACACUAUCACCCUACUGUGGGGUGCAAGAUUCACUCUCAGGCACCAUAACAGGUGUCCUCGACAAAUUAAUCGAUUACUUUGCCAAAGUAACAGCAAACAGUUUGGUUGAUGAGGUUGAAUGCAUGACCAACUUGCUGCAAGAGAUUUUGAAGAAGAUAGAGAGUAAUGAAAUUCCUCUCAGUCAAGAUGCGACUCUGGCGGCAGCAGUCGACAAUGCCACUAACGUCCUAACAGCCCUUAUCAGUGACUUGGAAGGACAAACUACGACAGCAUCGACCUCAACCCCAGCACCAACAACCACAACCCCAUCUCCCACCACCACAACCCCAUCUCCCAUCACCACAACACCAGCUCAGACCACAACUUCAGGUCCAACCACCACAACAGCCGCCAAGCAACAAGAAACAAAACCAUCUGGUCUAAACCACCACCACAGCCCCAGCUCAGACCACCAACUUUCAGGUCCAACAACCCAACAACCACCAGCAGAAGAAAACAACUUCUGGUCUAACCACCACAACACCAGCACAGAACACAACUUUCUGGGUCUAACCACCACAACACCAGACACAAGAAACAACGACUUCAGGUCCAACCACCACAACACCAGCACAGAACACAACUUCUGGUCUAACCACCACAACACCAGCACAGAACACAACUUCUGGUCUAACCACCACAACACCAGCACAGAACACAACUUCUGGUCUAACCACCACAACACCAGCACAGAACACAACUUAUGGUCUAACCACCACAACACCAGCACAGAACACAACUUCAGGUCCAACCACCACAACACCAGCACAGAACACAACUUCAGGUCCAACAACCACAACACCAGCACAGAACACAACUUCAGGUCCAACAACCACAACACCAGCACAGAACACAACUUCAGGUCCAACCACCACAACACCAGCACAGAACACAACUUCAGGUCCAACAACCACAACACCAGCACAGAACACAACUUCAGGUCCAACAAACCACACACCAGCACAGACACAACUUCAGUGUCAACAACCAACAACACCAGCCAGAACACAACUUCAGGUCUAACCACCACAACACCAGCACAGAACACAACUUCAGGUCCAACCACCACAACACCAGCACAGAACACAACUUCUGGUCUAACCACCACAACACCAGCUCAGACCACAACUUCAGGUCCAACAACCACAACACCAGCACAGAACACAACUUCAGGUCCAACAACCACAACACCAGCACAGAACACAACUUCAGGUCUAACCACCACAACACCAGCACAGAACACAACUUCAGGUCCAACAACCACAACACCAGCACAGAACACAACUUCAGGUCCAACCACCACAACACUAGCACAGACCACAACUUCUGGUCCAACUACCACAACAUCAGCUCAGACCACAACUUCAGGUCCAACAACCACAACACCAGCUCAGACCACAACUUCAAGUCUAACCACCACAACACCAGCUCAAACCACAACUUCAGGUCCAACCACCACAACACCAACUCAGACCACAACUUCAGCUCAGACCACAACUUCAGGUCUAACAACCACAACACCAACUCAGACCACAACUUCAGGUUUAACCACCACAACAACAGCUCAGACCACAACUUCAGGUCCAACUACCACAACAUCAGCUCAGACGACAACUUCUGGUCCAACUACCACAACAUCAGCUCAGACCACAACUUCUGGUCCAACUACCACAACACCAGCUCAGACCACAACUUCAGGUCUAACAACCACAACACCAACUCAGACCACAACUUCUGGUCCAACAACCACAACACCAACUCAGACCACAACUUCAGGUCUAACAACCACAACACCAACUCAGACCACAACUUCAGGUCUAACCACCACAACACCAACUCAGACCACAACUUCAGGUCUAACCACAACAACACCAACUCAGACCACAACUUCAGGUCUAACCACAACAACACCAACUCAGACCACAACUUCAGGUCUAACCACCACAACACCGCCUCACACCACAACCUUAGGUCCAACCACAACUCUAGCUCAGACCACAAUUUCAGGUCCAACUACAACAACUGCAGCUCACACCACAACUUCAGGUUCAACCACAACUACUCUAGCUCAGACCACAACUUCAGGUUCAACCACAACUACUCCAGCUCAGACCACAACUUCAGGUCCAACCACAACUAAUCCAGCUCAGACCACAACUUCAGGUCCAACCACAACUACUCCAGCUCAGACCACAACUUCAGCUCAGACCACAACUUCAGGUCCAACCACAACUACUCCAGCUCAGAACACAACUUCAGGUCCAACCACAACUACUCCAGCUCAGACCACAACUUCAGGUCCAACCACAACUACUCCAGCUCAGACCACAACUUCAGGUCCAACCACAACUACUCCAGCUCAGAACACAACUUCAGGUCCAACCACAACUACUCCAGCUCAGACCACAACUUCAGGUCCAACCACAACUACUCCAGCUCAGACCACAACUUCAGGUCCAACCACAACUACUCCAGCUCAGAACACAACUUCAGGUCCAACCACAACUACUCCAGCUCAGACCACAACUUCAGGUCCACCCACAACAUCCCCAACUCAGACCACAACUUCAGGUCCAACCACAACUACUCCAGCUCAGACCACAACUUCAGGACCAAGCACGACCACUCCAGCUCAGACCACAACUUCAGUUCCAACCACAACAACUGCAGCCUCCACCGGACAAGGCUCUUUUCAUAUUGAUGGAAUGUCUUCAGGAAGAAUUGCUUAUAACACCUACAAAUUUGGUUCAUGGGGACAUCCAUCAUUUUCAGUGCAGAUGAGAACGUUGCUAAAACGAACGCGCAGCUGGCUCAUCACCGCUCUCAAAAAAGCGCUGGCGAACUUCAACAAACUCUACAGUCUAAUGCAGCAGGCUAGCGCCUCGGUGGGACGCAGAAGACGCGCCGUGUACUCUAUUUCAGCCCCCGACAACAACACGAUUGUCCUCUCUUCUUAUUGCGGGCUGGGCAACUCCAUGACUGAUACCCCAACGAAUAUCUCUUUAUACCUGGACAACUACUUCAUAUCUCUGAAUGCCAGCAGUGACCCUGAAGAGGUCGAGUGCAUGGCCUUCUUGUUGGCAGAGUUCGUGAGUCUCGUAGAAAACGGGACGGCCAGUUUGCACCUUGGCGAGAUGCCAGGACUCUGGAACACCACUGAAGAAGCUAUCAAGUGGGUGACCAUACUCAUAUAUGGAAUGAACACAACGACAGCAGUGCAGACUUCUGUAACUACCCAAGUUCCGACAACGCAGAUGAGUGUAACUGACACAACAGAAGUGUUAACUCCACCACCUGAGUGUGGAUACUGGACAUGCAGUACUUUUAUAGCACUGUAUAGUGUACUUAAAAUUAUUUCAAAAUUUAGAAAGAUCAUGUCUGAGCAUAUUUCUGUAAAAAUGGACCCAGACGAUGUUGCCAAAUGUCUGGUUAAAAAGGAGGCUACAGAAGUGCCUUUUAUUAGUAUCAAGACGGAAUACGACCAUGACGACAAUGUUAACUCAGGUACAAAUGAUAGCUGUAUAUAUGUAGAUUCUUCUGUAGAGGUAAAAAAAGAAAUUAAAUUGGAACUGGAUCAGGAUAGUUUACAGUUAACAGAUCUUGAUGAAGAUCCACUGAAGUGCAAUGACGAGGGAGGUCAAAAUGUAAUCGGUAAUGAAGAAAGUCUUACUUCGCAGAAUUUUCUGUGCAAAGAAUGUGGUAAAGUUUUCCUUCAAGAAGAUCAUUUUCAAGUUCACUUGAGAAUUCACGAGGAAGUAGGACCUUUUGUAUGUAACGAGUGUGGAAGAACUUUUGACAAGAAAAAUAAUCUUGAAAGUCAUAAGAGAAUUCACAGAAUCAAAAGGCCCCAUAAAUGUAAAGAAUGUGGAAAAGCUUAUUUUCAUAAACAGGAUCUUGAGACUCACAUGAACAUUCAUGAAGGGAAGAGGCUUUACAACUGUAUGAUCUGUGACAAAGCAUUUUCCCAGAAAAAAUAUGUCACAAAUCACAUGAGAAUUCAUUCAGGGGUGAAGCCAUUCUCAUGCAAGGAAUGUGGGAAAUCUUAUACUUAUAAGAAAUCUUUAAAUUAUCAUAUGGGAGUCCACAAAGGCAAAAGGCCCUUUUCAUGUAAACUCUGUGAAAAAUCUUUUUACCGUGAAGAUGAACUCAAUUAUCACAUUAAAAUUCAUAUGGGAGAGCGGACACUGGUUUGCAAGGACUGUGGGAAAACAUUUUUCCGCAAGUGUGAUCUCGAGUGUCAUGUGAGAGUUCAUACUGGAGAGAAACCAUUCAAGUGUGAAGAGUGUGGGAAAAUGUGCACCCAGAAAGGUAAUUUAAUUAGUCAUGUUAAAAGAGUCCAUGGGCAUGCCUAUAGCAAAAUUGGUGGGAUUCAUGCAGCCACUGGAGGAAAUGUUCAGUCGCGAUUUCUUAGAGCAACAAAGAAUACUACUUGGAAGUUGGAACAGACUUAUUCUACAGCUUUUAAAGAUGGAAACGUCUCUGUGCCCAGUUCAUGUAACCAAUCACUAAAAAUGAGUGAGGAGUGUAUUUUAAUAAAAGAGGAAGUUCUAGCUAGUGAGGAUGAACUGCUAUCUUGUGAGGAUUGUGGCUUGACUUUUACUGAGCAUGCAAUGCUCAUCAGGCACAAAGUUCAGCAUGCGCGAAAACGGAUAAGGAAUCCCAAAGAACGUCCCUUUAAGUGUGACCUCUGUAAAAGUAGCUUCACCAGGAGAACUGACCUUAACAGGCAUAAAGGCAUACACACUCAUCCAUAUGCGUGUGAUCAGUGUGGAAUGACUUUUAGUCAGAAAGUACAGCUAGUAAAUCAUAAUAGAAAACACACAGGAGAGACGCCUUUUUUGUGCAGAUUUUGUGGCAAGACAUUCAGUAACAAACGGGCUUGUGAUUCGCACGAAAUUGAUCAUACCGGAGAACAGCCGUUUGUGUGUAGCAUCUGUAAUAAACCUUUCAGAUCAUCAACAACCCUCAACAAGCAUUUGCGAUUACAUACGGGAGAACGCCCAUUCUCAUGUGACGUGUGUGGGAAAACCUUUACGCAGAAAGACCACGUAAAUUCCCAUAAGAGAUUACAUACAGGUGAGCGCCCUUUUUCGUGUACCGUUUGUGGGAAAAGCUUCCGUGAAAGAGGACACCUAAUUAGGCAUAUGAAGUGUCACACUGGUGAGAUCUCUUGUGGUGAAUGUGGGAAGAUCUUUUGUGCAAAGAGCAUUCUGAAAAGACACAUGAAAGUCCAUUUAGGAGACAGUUCUUUUGACUGUGAUGUAUGUGGGAAAGUGUUUGCUACAAAAGAGGACCUUGUUAAGCAUCAUAAGCAACAUGAGGGUAGGAAGCAAUUCUCCUGUGAUGGCUGUGGUAAGAGGUUUUGUGAGAGUGGAAAUCUUUUGAAACACAUGAAGAGUCAUGGUGCCGAGGGAUUUUUCUUUUGCAUUGAAUGUGGAAAAGGAUUUGUACAACAAAGCCAUCUGGAUUUCCACAGAAGUGAACACUUUGGAGAGGAAGCCAAUCAAAAUGUUGAACCAAAGGAUAUUCCUGAUUUUGAGGAAGUCGAUAUGAAUGCAUUGGAAAAGGAGUGCAUAAAGGAGAUAUCUUUUGUAAGUGUGGAUGUAGAAUAAAGGUUUUCUGUGUAGUGAUAAAAAAUAUGUUUGUUUGACAUCUGUUGAAUGAGGUUAUACAAUUUUAAAAUGCAAUUUAUAUAUAUUGUUUCUCAGAUUUUGUUGUAACUUUUUUCAGUGUACAGGUGUGGUAAUACAGUACAGUAUUUGACAUGCACCAGGUGCAUACUUUGUAACCUUGACAUUUCAGCAGCCUCCUCAAUGCUUUCAGGAAUGUUUGUGUCACGGACAUCUUUAUGGUUCUUUGGCCAUGUAAAACAUAUUAUUUAAGUUAUACAAGCAUCCUUGAUCUUGUGAUGGAUGUAUUAAUAUAUGCUCAGGAAUUUACCAAAAUUUAGAUACCAGUAAUUGCUCAUCAUUCAUGUUAAUGCCUGCAGUGGCAAAGUCAGUUUUGAUUUAUGAACUGGGGGAGUGAAAGCACAAACUGUAUAGUUACGUUGUCAUCACAUUGAUUAGUGUUUUUUUAAUAGUGAAUCUUUAUUGUUAAAAAGACAGGCAUUUAGUAUUGCCAACAAGUUUUAUCUAGACCAAAAUAAAGUAUGAACAAUAAA